AAUUGCUGGUCAGUUGAUGUUGCUGAACUCAAUAAACUGCCCCUCACCGCAACACUAUCAGUAUGACUAUAGUCCGAAGAAAGCUACCUUGACCUAACUUAUACACGUGUCAACCUCAUACCAGCUGCCAUUAGGCAACUGAGGGUUAGGUUACCGUCGCACCACGUGAGAGGGCUGCCGCGGAAGUCUACAAGUGUCGACGACGUCAACGACGGAGAGGAUCCGGAGCGACUGCCAUGAGGACCCUGCCUCUGGCUCUAUAAAGACCAGGACGUCAGAGCUGCCCAAAGCCAGAGAUCAUCAUCCAGUCACCCACACACUCCACUCCACUCCACGCAACAGAAGUCUGACACCAAGCCUUCACAGAGACGCCUACAACAGCUAUAAGAAGAGUGAAGAUGCGUGGGGUGAUACUGGUCUGCCUGAUGGUGUGUGCCGUGCUCCUGUUGGCCAAACAGGGUGAGGGACAUGUCACCUUCUUCAGCCCCAAGCAGAUGAAAACAAUGGAGAUGGAGGCAAAGCAAAAGGAGUUGGGGGCUCGCUCGGAGGAUGGCACACCAGAGGACACAUCAGUUCAGCCAGUUCCACAAGAAGAGAUGGUGCCUGAACCCCAACCCGAGCCCGCUGCUCAGGGAACAGAGGUUGAAAUCGCCAUCAAACUGAGUGCUGAACAGCUGGAGCAUAUAACACAAGGACUAAUAAAGGAUGCACUGGAACAUGGAGCUGUAGCUGUUUGAGGAGUUCCAUCCCAACCUGCAGACUGCUGCGGCCUGACAUCAUGUCCCUCCAUCCCAACUCAUUAUAUGUAUCAUGAUUCAUGACAACGGCUGAAUAAAAGCUACGUUUUCAUUUCA